AUGAAUGACGGUACACUUGUCAUUCGUGAAGAAAAGGUUCCGUCGCAAAAUGUAGGCAGUGUUGGUUUUGUUUUGCGCCCAUCUGUCGUCUAUCUUGUCGAUUCUCACGAGAUCCUGUCAUCUCGUCUGAUCAUUCUUCGCCUCCGCCCUCUGCGCCAAAAACCCAUCAGCAUCAUCAACUGUUACUCACCAACAUUAGCCAAUGAUUCCGAAUGGGAUGCGUUCUACGAGGAGCUGGAGAAACUGAUCUGCAACGAGAAGACCUCCUACAAAGUCGUUGUCGGAGACUUCAAAGCAAAGCUAGGAAAGGGUACAGAAGAGGAAUACUGGAUCGGAAGAUUUGGACUAGAGGACAGGAAUGAAAAUGGCAAAUGUCUCACCGAAUCGUCCAUUGACGCGACUCGUGCGAAGAUCGACCAGACAUGCGAAGACAUUUUGAAACUCUUCAGUUUCCUCAUACAGUCGCGAAGAUGUUCCACAAGCCGAUCAUUUUCGUUAUCGAUGUUGUCCAUGACCAUACCUUCCCAAAAGCCGACAAGCAAAGCUAAGAGCCCAGUCGAUGGGAGUUCGCUUUGUGAACUUGGCAGGUUUCUCCUCUCCGCGUGA